CUUCGUGCUGCUGUUCAUCUUUGUGAAACGCCAGAUCAUGCGCUUCGCCAUGAAGUCCCGCCGUGGCCCCCACGUGCCUGUUGGACAACACGCGCCCAAGGAUUUAAAGGAAGAAAUCGACAUUCGACUGUCAAGGGUGCAAGACAUCAAGUACGAGCCCCGGCUGUUAGCUGAGGACGACAGCAGGCUUCUGCAGCUGGAGACACAAGGCUGCUAUAACUACCUGUACCGGAUGAAGGCGCUGGAUGCGAUCAGAACAUCUGAAAUCCCAUUUCACGCAGAGGGCCGGUACCCAAAGUCUUUAAUAGGGAAGAACUUCUGUGCCUAUCUGCUGGAACUGCGGAAUUCCAGCACCUCCUUCAAAGGCAUCCGCAAAGCCUUGAUCGACACCUUGCUGGAUGGGUAUGAGAGUGCCCGCUACGGCACUGGGGUCUUUGGGAAACCAGAAUAUCUGCAGUACCAGGAUGCUCUGAACGAGCUGGCAAACAUGACCAAGGCCCGGGGAGGCAGCAGCCAGCGGCAGCACCAGUCAGCAGCGAAGGACCUCACCCUCUCCCCUGAAGUCUCCAACCCCGCCACCAUCCAGGUCACCUACCUGCCUUCCAGCCAGAAGAGCAAACGUGCCAAACACUUCCUGGAGCUGAAGAGCUUCAAGGACAACUACAACACACUGGAGAGCACCCUGUGAGCCGCACAGAGAGCACUGCUCUGGGGACCUGCCAUGAGCAGAGCCCCUUGCUGGGUGCAGCUGGUGUCAUGGGCAGGUUUUGGCCACAGU